GAGGAGAGAGGGCAGAGAAGAGAGAAGAGAAAGUAGAAGCAAACCCUCAAGGCCAUGACCACUAGACUCCUGCGGAGGGCCCUGUGCCUGUGGGCCCUACUCAGCACCGUCUCGCACUUCAGCCACGCCGACAACCAUGCAGACCCCUCAGCCGCAGAGCAGGGAGUCACCUUCAGCCACGUCUAUAAAAUAGACAUGCCAGGGAGCUCCAGCUGUAAACUGGAGAGCCAGGACGAUACAGGUAUGCAGACAGAGACGACUUCGAACGGACAGAACGACAUAAUCUUCAGACACAACAUCAGGCUGCAGACACCCAAGUGCGACUGUGCGGAGUCUGAAAGCUUCAAGUCUUUGUUGUACAGAGUCAACGGGCUGGAAGAAGAAGUCACCUACCUAAAGACCCAGUGUACUCAGGGCUGCUGUGGAACAGGUGGUGCUGUAGGUGUGGACACAAGCUGCAGUGGUCAUGGUACCUACCAACACGACACCUGCAGCUGCCUCUGUAACCCGGGAUGGGAAGGCCCCGAUUGCUCAGUGUCCUCCUGCCCAGAUGAGUGUAAUGACAAUGGCCGAUGUGUGGACGGGAAGUGCGUUUGCCACCAGGGCUUCACGGGUGAAGACUGCAGCCAGCCGAUGUGUCCGGGCGAUUGCAACGACAAGGGACACUGCGUGGACGGGAAAUGUGUGUGUUUCCCGCACUUCAGUGGCGAAGACUGCAGCGUAGCCAAGUGUCCCAAUGACUGCAGCGCUAAUGGCCAGUGUUUGGACGGCCAGUGCAUCUGUGCUGAAGGCUUUUAUGGAGAGGACUGUGCAUUAGUGUUGGGACCUCAGGGUCUGCGGUUGGUGCAGGUGACGGACGUCUCUCUCCUGGUCGAGUGGGAAUCAGUUCGUGGGGCAGAAUAUUACAUUUUGACAUAUCAUCCCAAAGGAGCUGGAGCCAUGGAGCAGGUGCGGAUUCCCAACACAGAGAACUCCUACCUCAUCACUGGGCUGACUCCUGGGGUCACUUACAUUGUCCAGGUGUACGCAGUCAUCAAAGAAAUCCACAGUGACGCAGACAAGAUCGUGGCUACAACAGAUGUCUCGGCCAUCGAUGAUAUUCAGGUUCUUGGCCAGUCAGAAGCGUCUAUCCAGGUGGACUGGAAGAACCCACCAGCUGAAGUGGAUCACUUCAGGCUCACACACACUGACCCGGAGGGACAGGAGGAGGAGCUGAAUGUACAGGGCAGCCAGGAGGCGCGCACCAAACACACUAUAGUUGGUCUUUAUCCAGGAACCGAGUACCUGAUCUCAGUGCAGGCCAUCAAGGGAGCAACUGAGGGGAAAACGUCUUCUGUCACCGGGACCACAGACAUCGAUGCUCCGUCAAACCUCGUCACCACCCAGGUAACAGAGGAUACUGCAACGGUUUCCUGGGAUCGAGUCCAGGCGGAAAUCGAGGGCUACAUGCUGAGCUACACCUCCGCUGAGGGCUCCAGCCAGGAGAUCCCCGUAGGCCGUGACAGCACCUCGUACAGGCUGGUUGGCUUGAGGCCGGGAGUCAUCUACACCGUCUACAUCUGGUCCUUCAAGGGAGACAAAGUCAGCAGGAAGAGUUCGACAGAGGCUGAAACAGAGAUGGAUGCCCCUACUAACGUCUUGGCCCGGGAUGAGACAGAGUCCAGUUUCAGGGUGUCCUGGGAUCACACUCAGGCGGAAGUCGAAGGCUACGUCCUCACCUACAGCUCCUCUGAGGGCUCAAGCGCAGAAGUCCCACUUGGAUCUGACAGGAACUCUCACAUGCUGACAGGCCUGAGGCCCGGAGUCCUCUACACCGUCUACAUCUGGGCGGUCAAGGGAGGCAAAGUCAGCAGGAAGAUCUCAACACAGGCUGUGACAGAACUGGACGCUCCCGCUAACCUCUUAGCCCGAGAUGAGACAGAGUCCAGCCUCAGCGUGUCCUGGGAUCCGGUCCAGGCAGAGAUCGAUGGCUACGUUCUAACCUACAGCUCCUCUGAAGGAUCUAGUGGGGAGAUCCCAGUCGGGUCUGACAGAACCUCUCACAGUCUGACUGGCUUGAGGCCGGGAGUUAUCUACACUGUGUACGUCUGGGCUGUCAAGGGGAACAAAGCCAGCAGGAAGACCUCAACGCAAUCGGAGACAGAACUCGACACUCCCGCUAACCUCUUAGCUCGAGACGAGACAGAGUCCAGCUUCAACGUGUCCUGGGAUCAGGUCCAGGCACAAAUUGAUGGCUACAUCCUCACCUACAGUUCCUCUGAGGGCUCUAGUGGAGAAAUCCCAGUCGGGCCUGACAGUAUCUCUUACACGCUGACUGGCCUGAGACCUGCAGUUCUCUAUACUGUCUACAUCUGGGCUUUCAAGGAAGGAAAAGUCAGCAGGAAGAUCUCAACCAAAGCUGAGACAGAUAUCGAUGCCCCGAAGGACCUGAAGGCUACUGAUGUGACACUGGACUCUGCCUCUCUGACCUGGAUUCCUCCUCUGGCGGACAUAGAAGGUUACAUCCUCACCUACAGAGACGAGGAAGGCAGCAUGGAGACUGUUGAAAAGCAGCUCGGAGCCAGCGGGAGCAGUUUUGCUGUGUCCAGUCUGGAGACGGGGAAGAGAUACAUCGUCACCCUCAUUGCCUACAGAGGCAGCAGGAGGAGUAAGGUGGUGGAGACGAUCUUUAUUACAGUUGGCCUCGUUUACCCCUUCCCCAUGGACUGCGUUCAGAUCAUGAAGAACGGAAAUAAGGAAAGCGGAAUCUACAACAUCUUUAUUAAUAACAACCGCUCCAAACCAAUUGAGGUCUUCUGCGACAUGGACACUGACGGAGGCGGCUGGCUGAUGCUGCAGCGUCGUACAACUGGCAAGCUGGACUUCCUGAAACGCUGGAGGCAGUACAUCGCAGGUUUUGGCAACAUGACGGACGAGUUCUGGAUCGGGCUGGAUAAGAUAUACGAGCUCACCAACACUCCAACUCAGUACGAGCUGCGAUUUGACCUGGGCCUGGGCUCAGAGAGGGUCUACGCUGUGUAUGACAACUUUAAGAUCGCUGCAGUCAAGCAGAAGUUCAAACUCACCAUCGGCGAAUACAGGGGCACAGCAGGUGACGCCAUGACCUACCACCAAGGCCGAGCCUGGACCACUAUCGACUCGGAUAAUGACGUCUCUUUGGGUAACUGCGCCCUGACCCACCGCGGCGCCUGGUGGUACCAAAACUGUCACCUGGCCAACCUGAACGGCAAAUGGGGAGACAGCAGACACAGUUUGGGGGUGAACUGGGAGCCGUGGAAGGGCCACCUGACGUCCCUCGACUUCACGGAGAUGAAGAUCCGACCUCUGGGAGCCUUGUCCAGCAGGAAGAGGCGAUCGUUGUUGGCCAGAGAGAAGAGCAGAAACGCAAACCUCCUUAAGAAAUAGAAGAGCGCCCCCUUCUGAAACUACAACACAAGUCUUCAGCCAUUUUUACCUGCCGUCACACUUGACUGGGAUAUAUCUCCAUGUAGCUGCAAGCUUUGCUCCUCUGACCACACAGGAAAAAUCUCUCUCCAAGUCUUCACCAUAGACUGUGUUUAAAGAUGGACGACAUGACAGCUCCCCAAAAGUGAAGCCAAAGCGUCUUUGUCACCUCCUGGUGGCUGGAUGAAGUAUAGGUCAUAAACCCAGCCUCCUUAGUGGAAGAAACAUGAACCAAACUAAAAAGUCAAAGUUCAACUCAAAUACUUUUUUCUCAAGGUAGUUUCUGUCAUUUUAGGUCGUUCUUAUCACAUUGUUGUUUGUUCAAGUAAUUCCUGUAAUUUGGUUUGAAAUGAAUGCUUAAAACUUCAUGAUUAAGAGCUUGCAAUCAGUCGAGCGCAUGUAUCAAUGAGGCCUCGCUAGUGUGGCUCCAUCACGCAAUUGUUAUACCACUCUGACUCCUAAUGGGAUCGUAUCGGGGAAAUUUUUGAAUAGCAAGGGGAAGGAAUAUAAAAAUAUUGCAUUCAUUUAAAGUUUGUUUUUUUGUAACAUGGGGCAGCAGCCUAGGAUAAUGGUGUUAAAUUUGUUACAUUCAUGUUCUAUGAAUAACUUGAGUAGCAAUUUUGCCUGUGUAUAGUGGUAUUUUCAUC